GGUCGAAAAUUCCCAAACCUCCUAAUGCGUUUUCGCGCGGGAGGAGGUUGAUAUCUGUGCACAUAUAUAUAUAAGGUUUUCCUCAGUGCAAGCAGUGUGCAUUUUUUCAUUCUCUUCCAUAUUAACGGAGCAAUGACGGACGGUCAUUUGUUCAACAACAUCUCUCUCGGCGGCCGUGGAGGCACCAAUCCAGGGCAGCUCAAGGUUCAGUCUGGAGGUAUAUUAUGGAAGAAACAAGGUGGUGGUAAGGCUGUGGAAGUGGACAAGGAUGAUAUAGUGGGCCUUACUUGGAUGAAGGUUCCUCGAUCUAAUCAGCUGGGUGUGCGGAUUAAGGAUGGUCUUUACUACAAAUUUACUGGCUUUCGUGACCAGGAUGUUGUGAGUUUGACCACCUAUUUCCAGAAUUCUUGCGGGAUAUCUCCGGAGGAAAAGCAGCUAUCAGUUAGUGGGAAAAAUUGGGGAGAAGUUGAUCUAAAUGGGAAUAUGCUUGCUUUUCUUGUUGGUUCGAAGCAAGCAUUUGAGAUAUCAUUAGCAGAUGUUUCUCAAACACAGCUUCAAGGAAAAAAUGAUGUUAUGUUGGAGUUCCAUGUAGAUGAUACAACUGGAGCUAAUGAGAAAGACUCGCUGAUGGAAAUCAGCUUUCACAUCCCUAAUUCAAACACUCAAUUUGUUGGUGAUGAAAACCGACCUCCUGCUCAAGUUUUUCGUGACAAAAUCAUGUCAAUGGCUGAUGUGGGUGCUGGAGGCGAGGAAGCUGUUGUCACAUUUGACGGCAUUGCUAUUCUUACUCCAAGGGGUCGUUACAAUGUUGAGCUUCAUCUCUCAUUCUUGCGCUUGCAAGGGCAAGCCAAUGACUUUAAAAUUCAGUACAGCAGCGUAGUCCGUAUUUUUUUGUUGCCGAAGCAUAAUCAACCGCACACUUUAGUAGUUAUCACUCUUGAUCCUCCAAUUAGGAAGGGCCAAACUUUGUAUCCGCACAUUGUAUUGCAGUUUGAGACUGACAAUGUGGUAGACCUUUCGCUGGCUCUAAGCGAAGAUCUUUUAAAUACAAAAUACAAGGAUAGGCUGCUAAUGGGUUACAAGGGUCUUAUCCAUGACAUCUUUACUCAAAUUUUACGGGGCUUGUCCGGUGCCAAAGUCACUAAACCAGGGAAGUUCCGUAGCAGUCAAGAUGGGUAUGCGGUGAAGUCCUCAUUGAAAGCUGAAGAUGGACUCCUCUAUCCUCUGGAGAAGAGCUUCUUCUUCUUACCUAAACCACCAACUCUUAUACUGCAUGAGGAGAUUGAUUAUGUGGAGUUUGAGAGGCAUGCUGCGGGAACAGCGAACAUGCAUUACUUUGAUCUUCUCAUUAGACUGAAGACUGAACAAGAACAUCUUUUCCGGAAUAUCCAGAGAAAUGAGUACCACAAUCUUUUUGAUUUCAUCAAUUCAAAGGGUCUGAAAAUAAUGAACCUUAAUGAAGCUCGGGCUACAGAAGGUGUUCCUGUUUUGCCCGAUGAUGACGAUGAUGCUGUUGAUCCGCAUCUUGAGCGCAUUAAGAAUGAAGCAGGUGGAGAUGAUAGUGAUGAAGAGGACGAAGAUUUUGUCCUCGAUAAGGAUGAUGGAGGGUCUCCUACUGAUGACUCUGGAGGGGUUGAAUCUGAUGCCAGUGGUAGCGGUGAUGAGGAGAAACCUGCAAAAAAGAAGCCCAAAAAGGAGGUUACUUCAAAGCCAUCUACAAGCAGGAAAAAGGCAGAUGAUGAUGGGUCGAAGAAGAAAAAACAGAAAAAGAAAAAGGAUCCAAAUGCCCCAAAGAGGGCAAUUAGUGCUUUUAUGUUCUUCUCGCAGAGUGAAAGAGAGAAUGUGAAGAAAAGUAAUCCUGGAAUCUCCUUCACUGACGUUGGGAAGGUUCUUGGAGAGAGAUGGAACAAGCUGUCAGCUGAGGAGAAAGAACCCUAUGAGGCAAUGGCUAAGGCAGAUAAGAAACGCUACAGCGAUCAGAUCAGUGGUUACAAGAACCCUCAGCCGACUGCCGUGGAUUCAGGGAAUGAUUCUGGGAGUUCCUAAGUGCAAAAAUCAUUUAGAUUGAGAGUAGGAACUUAGAAGGUCGAGAAGUGCCUAAUCAGCAUUUGUGGUUCGUAUUUGGGAGUGCUUGCUGUUGACGUUUAUGUCAAGUUGUCAAGUUCAAGUUUUGGGGCAGAUGAGAAAUAGGUGUCAUGAGGCACUUCUAAUCGACAGCAUAACGAAUCUAAUUGUCCACGACAUGCUGAGUAUUUCUAGAUAUUCCUAUGUAUGUGUAGCAGCAUAAUCUGGGAGCUAACUGCAUAAAUUAUCCUUAACUUGUGUUUUCAGAAUAUAAAGAUGUAGUUUUAUAGUUUGGUGUGCUUUUACCAGAGAUGUAUCUAGGAUUUAAAAGUUUUGUAUUCCUAUAAGAAUUUUUAAGUUAAUAUAUAAUCCAUUAGAUUUAUGGUUAAA